CGAGUAAUCCAACAAAAAGAGCUCAAAAAGUAUCUAAUCCAAAGGAUCUGAGCUUAUCUGUGAACGUGAAAGUGGCGCAAAAAUCAACAGAAAUCAACAGAAUUCACUUCAAGCCACAAACAUAUUACUAAAUAAGCGACAUCAAAGCUUUAUUGGAGACUGAAACCUUAGCCAGUGCACAAGCGAUCUGCCACAUGAACACACAAAAUGGCUUCAACAACAACAACAGCGGCACAAAGCACACGCGGCAAGACAGCAACCAGUGAUGAUGACUACGUGACGGUUGUGGAAGUCGAUGAUCCCACAUCGUCCACCAAAGACUCGAGCCACUUGAAGACGCUAGUCAAGCGGCAAAGCUCCGUGGACCCCCACUCCUCCUCCUCAUUCAUAACAGUUUUGACCAUUAACGAGAUGGAGCUGCUCCAGCAGCGGCGGCAGCAGGAGGAGCAGCAGAACCACCCUCAGAAGAUUGUCGUAGAGGGGGAAGACGUCACUGUCUAUCGUCUGCCGGGGGAGCGCUUGGGCUUCGGCCUAAAGUUCCAGGGAGGCACAAGGAACACCGAACUGGUUCAAAAACUCUACAUACAAUCCUGCGCUGCUGAGAGUCCCGCCUCCAAGGUGGCCACCAGCUGGGGCCACCUGCGCGAGGGCGAUGAGAUCGUCAGCAUCGAUGGGCGAGAGGUCUGCCAGAUGACGCGCAUCGACUGUGUGCGCUGCCUCAAGGAUAGUGUGGCCAUUAAGCUGAUCGUAAGGAACGGUCACGGCCAGAAGCCGCCCAGCGAGGAGGACCAGCAGCAGCUGGAACAGCUCUCCAUCACACUGAAUGCCCAGCCCCCGCCACCGCCCCCGGUGCCGCCCAGGAAGCUCGUGAAGCGCCAGAGCUCCCGAGAGCCGCCCGCCCAACCCAAUCAGGUCCAGUUGGUGAUAGAGAAGCCCCUAACGCCACCGCCAGAUGCCGAGUACUACAUAAACCUCUUUGCCGAGUCCAUGAAGGCGGGCUCCGAGUCGGACGACACGGCAAGCACAAUAUCCACAGUCAUUGACAAGUUCUCGAUGGGGUCCAACUACUCCUCGGACACGGAUGUCGCCAGCAGUCUCAAUGGCCAUGACCUGGCCAAGGUGCUGAAGCCGUUUACCCUCUUGGAGGAGGAGUUCCACCUGGAGCAGUCUCUGGGACACCCGAAGCUGCUCAUACCCGGCAAUAACUACGAAAAUGUCGAGUUCAAGACGGAGAAGGUGAACGUGUAUGAGAAUGUGGAGCUCAAGAGUCCGGAGGGGACGCCCACGCCGAAGCCGAGGGUCCAAUUGGCCACAGUAGAGCCGAAGAAGAGAUCCAUUAUUCCCAUGCCCCGCAAGAUGCCAGCGCCCAGUAAACUGCCCAUUGAAGUGGCUCCGCCUAGGGUGCCCGUGGCCUCCGCAGAGUCUCCAACGACCCCCACAAAUGAGAGGAGAGAUCUGCCCCAGUUAAACUCCCCCAAGACGCCCAGCAACGAGGUUAAGGAAAUGCACCCGAGCUCAACAAAAAUACCGAAGGCCAAGUUCUCGCGGGCUAAAACCGAGGGGGAGAUCAAGCUGCAGAUGCCACCUCUCAAGCAACAGUCGCCGCAGCUCAAGUCUCGCAUUCCCGUAGUCACCUCACCAACGCAAAAGUCACCCCACCUGUCAAAGCACACAUCAUCUCCCUCUAGUGGCACGCCAACAACGAGCUCCAGCAUCCCCCGACUGCUACAGAAGCAGAAAUCCGAGACAGAUCUCAAGCUGAACCUGUACCGCAGCAAGUCAAAGGAGUCCAGCCCCGUUCUGACCCAAGGGCGACCGCCUCUCCAGAGAGCCUACUCCGCAGAGGCUCCCACCAGGACACCCGAGCGGACAUUCAUUCCCGUACUGCUCAAUGGCAGCGCCAAGAGCAGCUCCAACUCGAACACGAACUCCUUGGAGAGCAUUAGCUCCAACUGCAGUAGCGGCAGCAAUGGACGCUCGCCCAAGGGACCCAAGCCCAAGCCCCCAGAGCGGGUGCAGUCUCUCCAGAAGACACAGAUACCAAAGCUGCAGAUGCUGCCCACGACCCCGCCACAGCAGCAGCCAACGCUGAGCAUGCAGACGUUCAAGCAAGGCGGCACACCGCCAGCCACGCCCCGGACAACACCAGUGGGCACACCGUCCCCCACCAGCAACAGCAACUGCGAGAUACGCUUCAAGAUCCAGACCUACGAGAGUAAGACUCAAGAUGAGGACAAGCUGCCGAGUCUCUUUGAUCUGGUGCACAAACAGGACAAACUGGAGACCUCCCCCGAGCCCCAACGUGAUAUUACGGCUCUCCUGGCGGCCGCCGCGGCCGAGGCAGCUGAUCUCUCCCGAGAAUCCCCCCCGCCCCUGGUCGUUGGCAAGUGCAUGAAGAUCGCCGACGACAAUCAGACCACCACUUGCUACUCCAGCUCCAGCGGCGAGGAAGAGGAUGAGGACGAUGUUGAUGCCGCCGAGAGGGAGUACAUCUGCGAGGACGGCGAAAAGCUGGGGCCCCCCGAACUGAUCAACGGUCCGGGACCCUCGGAGGCCUACUUCAAUAUGUUCUGGCACUCGAAUAUGCUGCCCACCAUUGGCGAGGUCGAGGAGGAGUUCUCAUCCCUGGAACCGCAGUCGCUGACGAAUGGAACCAUUGUCAAGCCGGAGGAGCUGAAAAAAUUGCAAGCACCGACGUCCAAUAUGGAGGCUAACGAUGGCGGACUGACCCAGAUGAAUGUGAAUGUCGAUAAGAUUACUGACCAUGACGCACAUGAUAAGACAGCCCUGGCAGCGAGCCAGAGCCCUGUCGAGGAGAGUCUCACUUCGUCCAGUGCAACCACAACGAAUCACAAGGAAACGAGCAGCAAGACCAGCCAGGAGGAGAGCAGCAGCAGCUCGGUCCAGGAGAGUAGCUCCGUUCAGGAGAGCAGCACUGUGAAGACCCAAAGGACCACAACGACCCGGGUGACUACCACCAAGACGAGCAGCAGCAGUAGCUCCUCCAGUGUCUCCAACUUCAGUCCAGACAUUGCAUUCAAGCUGCAGUCCUAUGAGGAGAGAGAGGAUGGCACAGCCCCAGCCGCACACCUGGGAACAUCGACCACAACCAUUCACGAGGAACGGAGAGUCCUGAGCGAGGAGCAAACCCUCAGCGAACUGCGAACAAAGGAUGCCUUGACCGGGGAGGAGCAGCUGGUGACCAGCGCCGGAUCCAAGUCAAGCAGUGCCCGCUUCAAGAAGAUCAGCAGCAACGACAACCUGAUCGAGCUCGGAGACGAAGUCGGAGACGAGCAGCUGCAACUGCAGCCGUUGACUGCCACCGUCUUGGCGGAGACGCGUCUGAGGGAGCGCCUGGAAGACCCACAGGAUAAACAGAGUAUCGAGAGGGGUACCCUGACCUUAUCCGAAUGUGGCAAGCAGCUACAGCUGUCCGAGAAUGGAGGCAUGUCCACCUACACCGAAUGCGAGCAGAUCGAACAGGAAUCCUACCUGGAGGGCCAGCAGACCCUCAACGGGAGCGGUGACCCACUCGUCACCCCCUCGGAGGAUAAGGCCACUUUGGAGCGGGAGCUCAGUGAGACUCUGACGGUGACCAAGGAUGGUGAGAAGCAGGUGACCAAGAAGCUGGAGCAGAGCAAGGAAGCGGCCGCCAAGAAGGGGGCCAAGCUCCUCAAGAAAACGGACGAGGAGCGACGUCUCGAAGAGGAGGCCCAGAAGCUAAUCGAGAGCUAUCAGAAGGUCAGGAAGGAGGCGGAGAAGCUGUACAAUCUGGAGCAGGUUGAUGACCAGGAGGGCUUCGACCUGAGUGCCUUUGAACAGGUCGAGAAUCAGGAAGACGCAGGUGUUGAAAUUUCAGAAGAUAAGCCAGCUGAAGAAGAAGAGGAACCAGUCCUGGAAGACGGAGAUGAAGAUAUUCAUGUGAACGAAGAGCAGGACAAGCCUGUGAAAGAAGAAGCCAACGUCAAGAUGGAAUCCUUCAGCGAGAAAGAGUCAAAACUGAAAGCUAUGGAGGCAGGAAUCCAAGCCAUGGACGAAGAAAUUCAACUGAUCAAGAAGGACUUGAACAAAGAAGAAGGUCUCAUCGCACCUGCCCUCGAAGAUGACCUUGGCUAUCUCCUACACAAACACAUCAUCGAAACACCGAAAACACAGGACAGGACCAAUUCCACUCCUACUCCAACACCACUGCCCAAGCCCAAGCCGAAGCCGCCCGUGCCCACAAACAAGCCGAAACUGUCCCCAACUCUGAUUAAGCCCAAGACAGCGCCACCACCAGUUCCCAGCAAGCGCAGUGAGCUGCCAGGAACAGCAACAGGAACGGGAGCUGCCACUGGGAGUGGAUCUGGAGCUGGAUCUGGACAAAAACCAAAGCCCACGCCCAGCCAGCGACGCAGCAGUGCAGAUGUGACGCCCCCAAAGCCAUUAGAGCGCAUCAUUUUGGGUGUGGAGCAGCAGUCACAGCCGCAGCGACAGCAGAAGCAGGUGGAGAGUCAACCAAUUAUCACCUUGGCCAGCGUCGAUUUACCGAAUGUGGUGCCCGCUGUUCAAGCCCAAACCUCCACCAUUGACCCAAGUCCCGAGCUGCUGCUGGAUGACCUGCAUUUCGAGAGCCAUCAACUGCCCGACGAGGGGCGACUGCAGCAGGGAGAAGGCGAACAGCCAAAGGAGUCAAAUGGCCUGCUCAGCGGGCCCUCGUCGACAUCCUCAUCAGCUUCGUCGGUGGCCACGGCCACCCCGAUAACAACACCAAUUUUGGUAUCUGCCACGUCAUCGAUGGAUUCGGUCCAGAGUGUCAUCGAGGUCAUCAAUGGCAGAAGCAAUGGCAGCCCUGCCAUUGACAGUAGCACCGACAACAGCCAUCGAACUAACGAUGACGAUGAGGAUGAGGAUGAAGAUGACGAUGAUGAAGGAGUGCCUGGACUAGCGGAAAUAAGCCCCGCUGAGGAUGUGUCAACGUUGUCGCUCAAUAGAGAACACGAAUCAGAUCUUGCUACCCUUAACAGCCACAACAGCAUCCAAACGACAACGAUCAUCAGUCAGAAGAAAAAGACGCCCGCAGAAGCAGGAGCAGGAGCAGGCGUAGGCGCAGGAGGCACCGGUACCGGAACUGGAACCACAACGAAGGGCGGCGCCAACAAAAUGGAGCUGCUGAGCAGCGCCUCAGCCACAGCCACAGCCGCACAGAGCACAACCACAACGACAACGACAGCCACACACCAACUGCAGGCGACCACUAAGCAGCUGGUGGGGCAGGAGUACCUGAGCUACGCCUCGCCGCCCACCUACUCCCGCCUGCCGCCCGACGGCCAUGAGUUCCCCCCGAACUUCAGCGAACCUCUGAUCAUGCAUCCCUCGCACAUGCACCCACACCCACACACACACCCGGCGCUGCUCAAGGCCAAGGCAGAGCUCUCCUUCGAGCAUAACAACAACAACAACAACAACAGCAGCAGCAGCAACAGCAACAGCCUCGAGGAGGAUGAGACCGGAGCACCGCCGCUGCCCAAAACGGGGCCACCGCCGACAGUGCCCAGGAAGGUGUACCGCCAGGAUCUGGUGAUAAACGUGGAGGAUGCCCGCUCCAGAGACACCACAGAGACCAAGACGCCGCCCGGCCUGGGACGGGACUACCAGCGCUCUCUGAGCGCGAGCGCCCCGCGGAAGCCCAGCGACUGGCGCAAGGACGAGAAGUCGGAGAAGUCCGUGCGCGACAAGAUCGCCAUGUUCUCCUCCAACAACGAGCUGGACGCGAUUCCGCCAGCAGCCCCGACCAUGACCAUGCCAGCCGCAGCUGUCUCCAGCUUCUCGCGGAAGCCGCUGAACAGGAGCAGCGAGAACCUGCUGGACACCUGCUCCUCCACUCCGGCGCCCUCGCUGAAGACGCGCGCCAUGAGCGUGGAGAACCUGAACGACGUGCAGCGUCAGUACCAGCUGGCCAAGCAGCUGCCCCAGCUGCACGUGGCCGACUCCAUGUACUCGUUGCACACGCCCAGUCCCAGCCUCAGUUCCAAUCCCAGCUACAGUUACGCCUCCAACUACGCCUCGCUGCCGCGCAGGGCGCACGGCGGCUCCUACUCGGCGUCCGCCUCGGCGGUGGAGCGCAGGAUCAGCUUCUCGGGCGAGGGCGAGGCGGCCAACCGGAAGGCGGCCAUCACCAACAUCCUGGAGCAGCGCCGCCGCAGCUUGUCCAAGCUGAGGGGCCUAGUCAUCCCGGAGAGGCCGCAGCUGCUGGAGCCCAUCCUCGACCUCCCGGAGAUCAAGAGCCAGGUGAAGGCGGCCAGCGGGGAGGACAGCACCGACAGCGGCCUCGGCGAGACCCGCUCCCGCACCAACGGAGGAGGACUCGCCAUAAAUAGCAUAAGCAGCGGCAGCAGCAACAGCACCUACCGCAGCAUCUUCUCCCCGGGCGGCCAGCGGCGUCCGUUGGAGCAGCAGCUGUCCCAGCCGCCGGCCAAGCCGCCGCGCACUUCCCUGUGUGCACCUCUGACACCCCUUACCACCGGCAUCCCUGCCACUGUCCAUCGCGUCUGCAGGCUGAUGGCACCGCCGCCGGCACUGCCCCCGCCCGACCAGGAGAGCGACACGGACUCGGUGUUCUCCAGCACAGCGCGUGUGGCGACGCCCCCCGAGAAGUUUGCCCUCACCCGAACCCUCAGCUCGGAGACGAACACCUCGAUAGCCAGCUCCAACACCUCCACCCUGACCUCGGGCUCCUCGGCGGGCUCCCAGGCCAGCUGCAGCUCCCUGGGCAGCACGCCGGCUCUGGAUCUAACACGGCGGGUGCUCAAGAGCCAGGUGAGCGGCAGCGGCAGCGGCGACCCAGCGGCCCUCUCCAACAGGAAGAGCAUCCUGGCCUCGGCCAAGUGCCGGAACGCGAAGAACCGCGGCCAGGAGGAGGACAACGACAGCACCGAUGGCGAGGUCUGCACCCUGGCCGGGCGUCGCAUGAAGCCCGUCUCCAGCUACAAGCAGCAGAUGCACCAGCACCAGUUGCAGCAGCAACUCCAGCAGCAGCUGGGCAAGCAGCUGGUGGUGGACAAGCUGAUCAAUGUGGCCGCCUACGUGGAGCAGACCUCGGACACGGACGACAGCAGCCGGCGCUCGGACACCCCGGCGAAGAUCAGUGCCAUGUUCAUCGACGAGGAGCGCAAGGCCAGUUUCAAGGCCGAUCCCAGCCAGCAGGCCAAGCCGAAACCACUCCAGAUGCAGAUGCAGGCCCAGGCCAAGCCCGUGUCCGCGCCCGUGUCCUUGCAGCGAGCCUAUGAGUCGAAGCGGGAGGCGCCCAAGUCCCAGACCACAGCCGAACUGCGCGAGAAGUUCGAGAGGAGUGCAGCGGCAGCCGCGGUCCAGGCCCCGGCGCACCAUAAGAUGCACACGCCACUGCACCCAGCAGUGGCCGCAGCGAAGCCGCACCACGAGCGCUUCUCCUCGCUCGACUCGCUGGCCUCGAGCUCCUCCGGCGUGAGCUCCACCACCCAGAACGUCAGCACCACCCAGGAGACGGCGACGGAGUUCGGCAGCUUCUCCUCGCUGGGCAGCAACCAGAGCCUGAUCACGGCCCAGGACGUGCAGCAGAUUGUGGAGGAGGCCGAUCCGCCGCUUAAGAGCCCCGAGGCCUUCAUCAUUGUCCUGCAAAGGGAUAAUCCGGAGAGCAGCAUUGGCAUCACCCUGGCCGGAGGCUCUGACUACGAGGCUAAGGAGAUAACGAUACACAAGAUCUUGAGCAACACGCCAGCGGCCAAGGAUGGACGCCUGAAGAAGGGAGACCGCAUCCUGGCCGUAAAUGGGAUGAGCAUGCGCGGCCUGACGCAUCGGGAGUCGAUCAGCGUGCUCAAGACACCCCGUCCGGAGGUGGUGCUGGUCGUCACCCGCUCCGAGUCGCUGAUUGUGAAGGCUCUGAACAAGAAACGCUCCUCGCUGGGCUCGCUCAGCUCCCUCAACGAGAAGCCGACGGAUCUGGAGUACGAGCGAAAGCGCAACUACCACAAGGCCUCGCGAUCUCUGGACUUGGACCUGGACAUCGUGUCCAAUGAGGCGGAAUCGGGAGGCGGCGACUCGCCAGUGACCACCACGCCCAGCCCCAGCACCGGGUCCAGCAGUCCACAGCAGCCGGCCAGUCUGCAUGACGAUGAUGCGGAGGCUACCAUCGCUGGCAUUCGUGCACGACGUCAGCUCUCUCGCGGAGAUGCCGCCAAGCUGAGCACCAGCGAGCUGCUGGAGCGGGCAGCCGAGGCACGGAAUGCCAUCGCAGCAGAGAUUCGAGCACAGGCUGAGGAUGUGGCGGCCAGUGGAGCUGGAGCUGGAGCUCGGUGCGUGGAGAUUGUCAAGGAUAGCUGCGGUCUGGGCUUUUCCAUCGAAGGAGGCUUCGACUCGCCACUAGGAAAUCGACCGCUCAUUGUCAAGAAGGUCUUCAUGGGUGGUGCUGCCCAGAAGACCAACCAGGUGCGCAACGGAGACGAGAUCCUGAGCAUCAAUGGUGCCUCAACGGCGCGCAUGACGCGCGUCGAUGCCUGGAACUACAUGAAGCAACUGCCGCUGGGGCCGGUCAAGAUCAGCUUCGCCUGAGAUGUAGAUGCUAGACGAGUGCGGGCGAGGGAGAAGGGGAAGAAUGCGCCACAAUUUUUGUUAGUUCUAAGUUGAUAGUAGUUGGAUACGAUACGAUACCCUAAUCCUGAUGGAUGGUCUAACCAUUAGGGUCUUGCCAAUCGACCGUUAUUUUUUUUUUUGCAUUUAACCGAACUUUUAACUGUAUGCGUACUUCUAUAUACAUAUACAUAUACAUACAUACAUUAUUAAUUUAAAGUGCAAUUUUUUUGAGCUCCUUCAAUUUCAAUGCGGCUGCAUCAACUACCGCCCAAUAUACGCUGAUAAUAUCAAUGAUAUGAUUGUACAUAUAUAUAACUAAUCGAAACUAAUUUACGUAUUUUUUUUUUUAACAAUAAAAUCGAGACACGAGGGGACUAAGAAGCAAACUUCGUAGCAGCGCUCUUUCCUUAUAUACAAUAUAACAUUAAUCCAAUCCACAAGCAACGCAAAAAAAAAACAAAACCGAAAAAAAAA